GAAAAAAAUCUUCAAAAAAAAUUUGGACUUGGAGAAAAAUUCCGAAAAACAUGGAAUUAAUUUUCGUUUGCAGCAAACUAGCAGAUGCAGAAAAAGUCGUUACAUUUUGGUCAAUUUAAUCCGCUUUAGUUAUUUUAUUUAUUCUUCUUCCAUCCAGCUGUGCUUUUUCAUUAAAUUUCAAUCGUUGAGGUAAUCAAUUUUUUCCUGCAUUGUGAGUAAUAUUAUUCAGUUUAUACGAACGUUCUAGGAAAUUGUGGCGUCUUUCUAUUGUUUCAUUGUAACUGAAAUUGUACAGAAACAUAAACUCAUCGAAGAUUUCAAAUUUCUCAACGUAUAACCGAUGAAAAUGUAUCUAAGAACAGUUCUUCUGACAGAUAGAUUGAUGAAACACCAUUUUCUACGAUGAAAGAUCGUUAUGUUACCAUAUUAGCUGAUUUCAUUUCAAAAAACAAAUAAGACUGAAUGUUGUGUUCCUGACAACCUGAUAACUGCCCAAAUCUACGUACAGUGUAAUAAUCAUGAUUCCAAAAUCUGUAGAAUCCGUUAAAUCGUCGACUUGCACGUUGACGCAUUUUUUCCCAGUUAGAAAAAGUAUUCGUAAAACCAAAAGGGCUGUUCAGGAAGAAAAACGUAAAACGAUCGAAAAAGCUAUUCUAAGCAAUCAAGAAGAUGAUCUGAAAGUCAAGUUUUUCGACGGUAAAGGACGAGGAGUAAUAACGAUAAGAGCUCUAAAAAAAGGCGACUUUGUUGUCGAAUACGCUGGUGAUCUCGUCGAUAUCGAAGAAGCCAAACGUCGCGAAGCUAUUUAUUCUCAUUUCGACAACGUCGGAUGCUACAUGUAUUAUUUUAAAUAUAAAAACAAAGCGUAUUGCGUUGACGCUACUCGAGAAACUAAUCGUUUGGGUAGAUUGAUAAAUCAUUCGAAAAAUGGUAACUUGAUCACUCGAACGAUGGAAAUAAACGGUACUCCUAGGUUAGUACUAAUUGCCAAUGAAGAUAUCCAACCGGGUACCGAAUUAAAUUACGACUACGGUGAUCGUAGUAAAAUAUCAUUACGAUAUCAUCCAUGGCUUGCUCUAUGAAAAAUUAUUUAUUUUUUUUUAUCGUUCUGUCGAUUAUUUAAUUGUGUAUUGUGAUUUUAUAUGUGUAUCGUGUAUCUUCGUUUUAAGCUUUAUUAAGGGUCACUUUUCGUUCUCCCUAGUUUUAAUUUCGCGUUACUAAUUCGUCUUUUAAGCUAUUAUGACUCUCUACGUAGAGAUAUCGUGCAUGCUUGUUCGAUUUUAUUUCUUCUAUGUGCUUUACUUUUUAAAUUAUUUCAUUUCCAAGUCGACGAAUGUGUAUGAAAUUUCUUCUCUUUGUAUUUAUCAUGUACAUAGUUGUAUUAAUUUUUCUUCGAUACGUUCGAAAUAUCUAUUUUGAGAAUAUUAUUCAUCGGACGUUGAUCGAUCGAUCGUUCUUUUUUUAGCCAAAUUUUAUAUACUAUUUUGUUACGAUUAGUUUUCAAUUCUAAAUGAUUAAAAAAUUGACUUCUUGUGAUGAAA